AUGAGUGACGAUUUCUACAGUUAUUCUUGUGAAACUAAAGAUGGGUCUGAAUAUCAUAUGAGUGAACUGCGAGGAAAAGUUGUUCUUAUAGUUAAUGUUGCAUCGAAAUGUGGCUUCCGAGGUCAAUAUGGAGAGCUACAAGAGUUGUACAAAGAAUUCCAUGCAAAAGGGUUUGAAAUAUUAGCAUUCCCCUGCAAUCAGUUCAUGAACCAGGAACCUGGUUCCGAUGAAGAAAUAGGAAAAUUUUGCCAGGAGCACUACGGUGUCAGUUUUAAAAUAAUGAAGAAGUGUAAAGUGAAUGGUGUCAAUGCUCUUCCGCUAUAUAAGUACUUGAAAGAUCAACAACCGCGAAUGUUUGGGUUCACGUUCGUUAGAUGGAAUUUUGAGAAGUUUUUGAUCGAUCGCUCAGGGAGAGUCCAUGGACGGUAUUCCACGUUGACGAAACCGAAAAGUAUGAAGGAAGACAUCGAACAAUUACUAAAACAAAAAAGCCAACUACAAUCAUGA